AUGCCUCAUCAUACUCUCAAGAAGGUAGUGGUGCCUUCCGAAAUGGUUCUUGCUCUGGGAGAAGCGCCGCUUCGAGCCUGGAAGGAACAUCUCCGUGCCUUCCAAUCAUUACACUCAUCUUCAGACGAUGUGAAAAGUCCGGAUGAUUUAAAAGAGCCUUCUAAUAUGGAUCUAUACGGCCAAUCGUCACCAGAUCGUCCGAAGAGUCAAUCACCUUCGUCCGCUCAACCUCCGGAGGAUCUUCCAGAUAUCCUGGAAAACCCAUUCGAUACCUAUGAAAAUCCACCUGAUCUGUACCAGACGGGAUUUGCACCAAAUCCUAAUCCAUACGACCCAAACAAUCUGUACAAUCCAUUCUUUCCCGGCAGUCAAACAAACCAUUUCCUUUGUGAGCCACGAUACCAUGGUACCCAGCCCUUCGCGACUCUGGGCGUUAUCGAUAGCAACAAUGUCACCGCCACACCAAGGCGUCCCAGCGUCUCUACUACAUCGAGUGCAUCCGCUUACGGUGGCAUCAGAAAAGUGCCCAUACCCCGACUGCCGUCUCGCGAUGAUUCAUCAAGAAUGCGUAGGCGCCACAUUACCCGAGCGUGCGAGAACUGCAGAUCAAGGAAGAUCAAGUGCUCUGGGGAAGAGACUGGCUGCCGUACGUGUUACGAGUAUGACCUUGAAUCCUCCAUCGACAUAGGGUCUGGCGCUGGCAAACCCGAGGAUGAGGACUAUCGUUCUGCCUCUUCCCACGCACUUGACUCGGUCAAAGAAGACUUCAAUAAGGACGGCCCUACACUGGCGACAGGAUUCAUUGGAAGAAGCUCAGAGUUCACUUGGUUACAAGAAGUAGAUCGGCAACUUGGCACCCCGCGACGAUCUGAGAAGCGCGAAACCCCAAUAGCGGCAUGGAAUUAUUAUACGGACACUCCGGUCUUCCUCCGUUAUAGCCCGCGUCCUGACCCAGACGGGUUCCCGACACCACAUGUGGCGCGAAGGCUCUACAACACAUACUUUGCUCGUGUGCAUCUGACAUUCCCUAUUAUCGGAAAGACUAUAUUUGACCGCCAGUUCCGCUCAGUCUUGGCCGACCCCAAAAUACACGGAGGAAACAGGUUCCGCGCGGUGUUGAACAUGGUGUUUGCUAUCGGUGCACUAUUCAUUCAGUUGACAGACGAUAACAGUGAAGGAGAUGAACAAGACCACCCCUUGUAUUUUGAAAGGGCUAGAGUGCUGAACGUGGAUGGCACAGAGCUUGAUCACUUCGAUGUCCAGCAGAUCCAAGCGAAAGGAUUGGCUUCACUUUAUUUGCUGGCUACAGGCCAGAUGAACCGAGCUUGGAGGCUUUGCACAAAUGCCGUACAGGGGGCGCUUGACCUUGGAUUGCACCUACGCGACCUUGGAUCCACCGCUGAUGAUCUCAAGGAGAUAAAAUACCGUGUUUGGUGGUCUCUAUACACCCUUGAACAUCGUCUCAGCGUGAUCACCGGACGCCCUUCUUGCAUACACGAUACUGACUACUCGACUCCUCUCCCUAUUCCGUUCGAUGAAGUUCAAUUUAAGGAAGAAGAAGCUAUCCGUCUCUUAGCAUCGUCAAAGGAUCGGACAAGUCAAUUAAGCGGAUCCUCAUCCUCUUUCAAGCGAGGUGGGAAGGGCCAGGCGAAGUACGCAGAUUGCGAUAUCCGAUAUGCUGAUCCAUCCGAGUCUCUGUACUUCCUACAGGCAGUGCUAUUGAGCUCCAUUGGGCGGAGAGCGGCCAGCCAGCUCUACAGUCCGCAAGCCGAACACUUAUCUUGGCGACACACACGAUGGACGAUAGAAACGCUCCUGGAUGACCUUAACUCCUGGGUCGUAAACCUGCCCGCUGUCUAUGAUUUUACGUCGAUCAAAUCCACGCCAAGCCCUCAGAGUCAUACGUCAGGUCUCGCCAUCCUAUAUUACAGCACCAAGAUUUUAAUAACAAGGCCAUGUCUUUACCAUCUAGAGGUGGACAACAAGGGGAAAGGGUCCGAGGCUUUCGCCGAGCUCGAGAAUUUCAACAAAGAACAUGCUGCCCAGUGCAUCAAUUCGGCGUGUCUUCUGCUUCGCUUUUUACCUGAGCCACCAUAUUCGGUUGACCUAUACGAGUCAAGCCCGUGGUGGUGCAUAUUGCAUUUUCUCAUGCAAACAGCAGCCGUUCUUCUCUUGGAGCUUUCCCUUAGGUGGAAGAUUAUUCAAGCAAUGUUCAUGGGGGUGAUUGCGAUGAGGACGACGAUAGCGAUCCAACCCCUCAGGGGCCAAGAGCUAGAUCUCCUGUUGAUCAAGCACCUCCUGUUGCUGGUGGACAGGCUUUUCCGAGUGAGCCACAGUUUCGUUCAGCCCCCCAAUCUGGUGGAAGCUCUGGCGACCAAGCAAUUUUGA